UUUAACGUAAACAUAAACAUAAACAUGUACCUUAACCAUUAACAAUCAGCCAUCUCUCGAGGUUGAGGCUAUAGAAAUGAGUCUAUCGCGAUGUGCUAUAAGCCAUUGCCAUAUAUAUCCCGUCUCUCUUCGCUCACUCGACGGUGUUUUCAACAAUUCAGCCCGGCGUACUCGGUUGCUGCCGCCGAGAAGCUCAAGGGCUUAUUCUUCUCAGCAUGGUAACGAUCCGAGACUGAAAGACCUUGGAAAGCAGAUAUAUGAUGACUAUGCCGCCGUAAGAGAACAUUACGCUACUCCUAAAUACCCAGUCGUCCUCGCCCAUGGCUUAUUAGGCUUCGCCGAACUUCGCCUUGCUGGAGGAUGGCUCCCUGCCAUUACCUAUUGGCGCGGCAUCACAGAUGCAUUAAGAGCUAAUGGGAUUGAAGUCAUAACGGCAACUGUGCCUCCAUCCGGAAGUAUCGAGCAAAGAGCUGAGAAGCUGGCUCAUAGUAUUGCCCAUGUUGCGCGGGAUAAGAGCGUGAAUAUUAUUGCUCACUCUAUGGGCGGACUCGAUGCCAGAUACAUGAUUUCUCAUCUCCAACCUAAGAAUGUGGAUGUGAAAUCUCUAGUCACCGUCGCUACUCCUCACCGAGGGAGCGCUUUUGCGGAUUAUGUAUUCAAAGAGAUUGGUGCAGACAGACUUCCGAGUAUAUAUCAAUUUAUCCAGGGCGUAGGUAUGGAUACAGGCGCAUUCGAGCAACUCACGCCAGCAUAUAUGACAGAGAGUUUCAACCCACGGACCCCAGACGACCCAAGCGUUCGCUACUUCUCGUACGGGGCCAUGAUGGAUCGGCCUACUCUCCUUUCACCUUUCCGCCAUUCCCAUAAUAUCAUUAGCGACGUAGAGGGACCUAAUGAUGGUCUCGUUAGUGUAACAAGUUCGAAAUGGGGUUCAUACAAGGGAACUUUAGUAGGUGUCAGUCACCUGGACUUAAUCAACUGGACGAACCAGCUAAGAUGGACCUUGCUAAAGUGGAUGGGUCAAGGACCAAACUUUAAUGCUAUAGCAUUCUACCUUGAUAUAGUUGAUAUGCUGGCAAAAGAGGAUUUAUAGUUCUAAAGUUGAUGAAUAUGUGCGAUGCGUAAAAGGGUGUCGUAUCAAGAAAUAUUCUUCCAAGGUUAUACGCCACUUCCAAUUGGGCGAAGUCUUAUAUAUAUAGGUAGGUACCUAUGCGUUUAUGUUAUUGUACCUUCCCAUAAAGUCUAAACCAAGAGGUUUCUUGGUUAUGAGUUGGUUGGAACAAUCCCCUCCCUCUCCCACAACACCUAGAGUUAAUACCAAUACGCUAUAUUUCAGUAUAUAUGAUCAUCUAGGACCUCGAGUGGUUCUCGACUGUUGGGGGUUUCAUCCUUAGCAACAAAGCAGAACAAUCCUCUAAGUUAACAAGA